CAGGGGGCUUCUGUGUAACUCCAACUCUAGCUUGUUCGCUCACUCUCUCCUCUCCACCGGUCUUUUCGCUCCAGCCGGAGAGCUCCACUUUUCGGGGAAAAAAAAAAACAGUCUCUACACACAGUAUCCACUAGCUAGCUACUGUAGUUCCGAGGAAUCUCAGCUCUCGAUAUCGAUCGGCCGGAUCAGCUCCGGCCGCCGCCACUGGCCAUUGUGCAGGUCACUCACACGAAGAUGCUGAAAUCAGCAAAGGCAGUCGUUUGGCAAGCAUGGAACGAGCAGGACAUUCAGGUUACAGUAGUCAUCAGCCUCAUAGUGCAGCUCUUCCUGUUAUUCGCUGGAAUCCUCCGAAGGCGCAAAAUCUUUGGGUUCCUUAGGUUCAUAAUUUGGCUGGCAUAUGUGGGGGCAGACGCUAUUGCCGUCUUCGCCAUUGGCCUCUUGUGCAAAUACGAGGAAAAAUACAAAUUAAGAAGCCAGCAUUCUCCCGGGGAACUGACGCUGCCCUUCCUGUGGGCACCCUUUCUCCUCCUUCACUUGGGAGGCCAGGACACCAUGACGGCCUUCUCCAUUGAGGACAACAACCUAUGGCUGAGGCACUUGCUCAACCUCGUAGUCCAAGUCACUCUAACCUUGUAUGUGUUUGCCAAGUCGUUUGACAUACUUGACUCGCAGCUGCUAGCCGUUGCCAUGCCCAUAUUUGUUGCUGGGAUAAUCAAGUAUGGGGAGAGAACAUGGGCACUCUAUACCGGGAGCCGGGACAACCUCGGUAAUCGCAGGGAGGAACAGAAACAGCCGCGAGAUUACACUAGUGUGGCCGGGGCAUCAGCUUAUGCUCUUAACACGGUGCUCCGUGUCCGAGGAUUGCUUAUGGGACGGACGUUGUUCCAACUGGGAGAGAAGAUUGAGAAUGAACUGGUGCAUGACUUUGCGAAGCAUGGGCAGAAACAAGGGAAGCUCAAGAUCGUAAUGAUGGAGCUUGGCAUGAUGUAUGAUCUCCUCUACACCAAGGCCAUGGUGCUGCAAAGCUUGACCGGGCAGAUAUUCCGGUGCAUCGCCGAGAUCUCCAUGGUUGUCGCCUUUGUGUUGUUCCUGGCAAACCGUGAGCUGCAUGCCCACAACAGAGCCAAUGUUGCCAUCACCUAUACAUUGUUUGUUGGGGCCAUGUUUAUGGAAGCUUUCUCACUCUUCAUGGUGAUAGUAUCACCCUGGACAAAGGCGCUCUCGAAACAGGACAUCUUUAUCUGUUGGCUGUCCUGCAGUGCUUGUUCUCUUUACAAUGCGAUCGUGCAACCGACGAAUCAGCAGCAGCAGCAGCAGCACGGAGAGCAGCAGCAGGGAGUGCAACAAAACCAACAGUUGUCAAUUAGUUUCUCCCUGGGGCAAUUCAACCUUACAGACUACGCAUUGUCUAAGAAACGCAGGCCGAAACUCAUCUCCAAGGUCGUCGGUGCAAUGAGCCUGGAGAAAAAAUGGAGAAACACUUUCCACACCCAGCACGUCCAGGACGAGGAGAUGAGCAACUACAUCGAGAAGUUGCUCUGUACCGGAGAGGGGUCCCAGAAGCUAGAGCUUGGCAGGGAACUGAACUACGUGCUAACCCUGCCUUUCGAGCACGCGCUUUUCCGCCUACAUAUUUUCACCGACUUGUAUCUGAGCAGCUUAGGAAAUCCGGCGGCAGAUGACUGCAAAGGACCUGCGGCGGAAUGCAGGAAGCUAUCAGAGUACCUCAUGUUCCUGAUGGCUGUUUACCCUUCCAUGUUGCCGGUCAGCAGCGCAGCCCAAGAUCUCGAAUACGUCUUCGCCAAAUGGGUCAGCGAAAACCACACCAUGACAAAGCCAGAGAUCCUCAACAAGUAUGCAGCUCAAGUCCUCGGCAACGAGACCUACUCGGGUUCACCCUUCGAAUCGGCAUCGUUGGGGAUGAUAAAGGAGGUCUGGGCAAGGCUGCUCAUCUACGCGGCCGGCAAGUGCCCCGUGGAGCUGCACGCGCGGCAGCUGGGCAGCGGACCGGAGCUUCUCACGGCCGUCUGGCUUCUCAUGGUGCAUCAUGGUGCUGGGGAUGUGGGGAAGAGGGAGGUCAGCCUCUUCCAAUCUAGUGAUCCUCAUGUGCCCACAGCAGGGUCACUGGUGCCGGUCGCUGAUAGUAACUGGAUUCAACGGGUACAAGAGCCUCUCCAUGCCUUUGAAUUCCGCCAGCAUGAGCAGCAACAGCCAACACAAGAACAAGUCCCAAGCUUAUAUGUAGAGCCUUUCUCUCCGCUGCGGCCGACACGUGCAGCAGGCAAUGCCUUAUUACUUGCGGCAUUACGGCACCUCGACCCCGAGAGCUUCCAGGCUUUGUUGCAGAGCAUAAUGAACGGGCAACCUGUUGUUGGGUCUGCAUCGACGGAGACAGAGCAAGCCGCAGCUGAUCGCUCAUCGUCAGAAACAGAGCAGCCCCUGCAGGAAGUUACAUCGCAGCCGGAGGAUACUUCCCCCGAGACUGAUGUGGCAGCAUCAAAGAAGCAAGACCAUGUGGUAGUGGUGGAGAUGCAGCAAGCUGUUGAUGCUGGGAUAGAAGCUGCUGCUGCUGACGAUGAUGGUGCGGCGGCGGCGCUGGAGACAGAGCGAGCUCAGUCUCGUUUUGUGGCGCUGCAGAUAGAGCACGACGACAAGCCGGGAACGUCGACCUGAACUCAACUCAAGGCCACAUGCAUAUCCCUUUUUGCUCUCUUGCAUGUCGGGAUAUCGCUUCUCCAACAACUUAUUACUGGCUUCCUGAAAUAAAAUGAACGCUCGUAGCCUGAUUACAGACAUCAGUUAUAUUUGCCUGUAAUGUAAUGUAAUAAAGCUGCUGGAACCUGACAGAUGGUGUGUCAGGGAGAGCAAAAAAAAUCCUGUUAAUUUGCAACAGAUGGUGAACCCAGUGCUCUCCGUAUUAA